UUUAGAUUUUUAGUGACUAAACCAUUUUCGUUUAAUUUAAUCACGCGUUAAAAUAAACUUUAAAUUCAAGAUUUCGUUAUAACGCAAAUCAUAAAAGGCGAUAACAAUUAAAGUUUGUUUUAAAUCUGUCAAUUCUUCUGAUAUCUCGGAAAAUAAAACAACAAAUUAGUACCUUAUAGUAAAUAUUAAUAACAAAUUACAAGUUCCAGGUAGUAAAUACGUUUUGCAAAGCUGUUGUUUUUAAAUUGCUGUUAUGUUUUAACCUUGUAUAUAAAUAAAUCAAAUCGAAUCUGUAUACUGUGCACUUAAAUUGGAACCAUGUCAAAUCGAAGUACAGCAAUGAGUGGGAGCUAUGGAACCGGAUUGAAACCCAUUGAUUUGGAUCAGAUCUGGGAAGAACUUAAUCAAGGGAUAGAAUAUGUGUAUAGUUUUCAAAAGAUUUCUUGUCCCCAAUAUAUGCAAUUAUAUUCGUAUGUCCAUGACUAUUGUACUUCUGUGCAUAAAAGUAAUGAAAGGAGUGCUUCUAUUGCUAAAGGAAAGAAAAAUUUAACCGGAGGUGCCCAAUUGGUUGGGUGGGAAUUAUAUCAAAGACUUAAACAGUUUCUUAAGAAUUAUGCCAUAUUGAAAUUACAGGAAGGAGUAAAUCUAAUGGAUGAAGAUGUAUUAAACUUUUAUACUCAACAAUGGGACAGAUAUCGUUUUAGUAGUAAAGCGAUAAGUGGAAUUUGUGCAUACUUGAAUAGACAUUGGGUGAAAAGGGAGUGUGAGGAAGGUCGUAAAGGCAUCUACGAAAUUUAUCAGUUAGCGUUAGUAACGUGGCGAGAUAAUCUCUUUAAACAAUUACACAAACAAGUGACCAACGCAGUAUUAAAAUUAAUUGAAAAAGAACGCAACGGAGAACCAAUUAAUACCUGUUUAGUUUCUGGAGUUAUAAAUUGUUACGUUGAGUUGGGUUUAAAUGAGGAAGAACCGGGCGCGAAAGGAUCUAAUUUAUGUGUGUACAAAGAAAGUUUUGAAAAUGUGUUCUUGGAAGAUACCGAAAGGUAUUAUAUUAGAGAGAGUACUAAUUUUCUAGCGCAGAAUCCGGUUACUGAGUAUAUGAAGAAGGUUGAACAACGAUUACUUGAAGAACAAAAGCGCGUUCAAGUUAAUUUGCACGAAAGCACCAGCGAGCGAUUAGCAAAAACUUGCGAGAGAGUCCUCAUUCAAAAACAUUUGGAGCUAUUCCAAGCCGAGUUUCAACAAUUAUUAGAUGCGGAAAAAGAUAGUGAUUUAGAAAGGAUGUUUAAGUUGGUUGCUCGCAUUCCAGAAGGUUUGGGAGAGUUACGAUCUUUAUUAGAACAGCACAUCACCAAUCAAGGACUUGCUGCUAUUGAGAAAUGCGGUGAAAGCGCUCAUAAUGAUCCAAAAAUCUAUGUUAACACAAUUUUGGAAGUCCAUAAAAAAUACAACGCUCUUGUAAUUGUAUCCUUUGAAAAUGAUAGUGGUUUUGUAGCCGCUUUAGACAAAGCUUGUGGACGAUUUAUAAACGCUAACGCGGUUACAAAGUUCGCAAAUUCGAGCACUAAAUCACCUGAACUUCUCGCGAAAUAUUGUGAUCUUUUAUUGAAAAAAUCUAGUAAAAAUCCGGAAGAAGCUGAACUCGAAGAUACUCUUAAUCAAGUGAUGGUUGUAUUCAAAUAUAUUGAAGACAAAGACGUUUUCCAAAAGUUUUAUAGUAAGAUGUUAGCUAAAAGACUCGUGCAACACAUGUCGGCUAGUGAUGACGCUGAAGCUUCUAUGAUAUCGAAAUUGAAACAAGCCUGUGGGUUUGAAUAUACUUCAAAAUUACAACGAAUGUUCCAAGAUAUUGGCGUUUCGAAAGAUUUGAAUGAACAGUUCCGCGCGCAUCUUAAAAAUUCAAACGAAGCUCUUGAUAUAGAUUUUAGCAUACAAGUGCUUUCAUCGGGAUCUUGGCCUUUUCAACAAUCGUUUUCAUUUGGAUUACCCUCAGAACUCGAACGCAGUGUACAUAGAUUUACUACAUUUUACUCAGCUCAACAUUCUGGUAGAAAAUUAAAUUGGUUAUAUAAUAUGUCCAAAGGAGAAUUAUUAACUAAUUGUUUCAAAAAUAGGUAUACACUUCAAGCUAGUACCUUCCAAAUGGCUGUGCUCUUACAAUUCAACGUUUCCGAAAGUUGGACGGUAUCACAACUUAGCGAUAAUACCCAAAUCAAGCCGGACUUUAUGGUUCAGGUGCUUCAAAUUUUGCUCAAGGCGAAACUUUUGUCAUCGGACGACGAUGAUAUGGAUCUGAGACCGGAAUCGAUUGUGUCUUUAUAUUUAGGUUAUAAAAAUAAAAAACUUCGCGUAAAUAUAAAUAUCCCGAUGAAAACGGAACUAAAACUUGAACAGGAAACGACGCAUAAGCACAUUGAGGAAGAUCGAAAGUUGCUUAUUCAGGCUGCUAUUGUGCGCAUUAUGAAAAUGAGGAAGGUGCUUAAGCACCAACAGCUCGUCGCCGAAGUUUUGAAUCAACUUUCAACUAGAUUCAAACCAAAGGUGCACAUAAUUAAGAAAUGCAUAGAUAUAUUAAUUGAAAAAGAAUACCUGGAAAGAACUGAAGGUCAAAAAGACACAUACAGCUACCUGGCAUGAUUCCUCCUCAGAGCGCCUACGUUACUCGUUUAAUUAACCUUUUCGAAACGAUUAAAAAAAAUGAAGCUUUUAUUGUGACUGUUUUGUACACGUUACUACGUUUACUUGCCACGCGAAAAAAAAAAUAAUAACUAAAAUAAAUAAAAUGUAAAAGAAAAACAAAACCACAAAUACUAUACAUAUUAUACAAUUUACAUUCGUAUACUAAUCCCGUAAAAAUAUAAAAGCGUGCGUAAAAUCGGGAGUUUUAAAACGGUUUAAUUAAUUUAAUAAAUUUUAACCGAAUAUAUUACGCCAAAAAAAGGCACUGGAAAUUAAGAGAAAGUUCCAAAUCUCCCCCAAAACAUAUACACACGGUUGUAAACUAGUAAAGGCUGUAUAUCAAUUGUAUAUAUUGUAGCUUUUUAAAGUUUAGUGAUUUCGAAACAAAAAAUAUAAAUUUAUUUAUCUCUCUUGAGUGUGUUGUUAUUUCGUUUUUCUUCUUGUUUUUUUUUUUUAUUAAAUUGGAUUUUGGGGCGGCUCGUGUGCAAUUUGCCAAAAAAAUAACAUCAAAAGUAUUAAAAAUAUACAAUUAAAAUUUAGAAACGUGGCGUAAUGCGGAACUUAAAGUAACAAAAAUUAAAAAUGACUCUCUGUGGUGUAUUCUCCUUUCUCUCAUUGUAAAUAGCUUCUAAAAUCGAUAAUGAUGUAGGUUUAAGUGAGUAUUUUUGUUGUUGAAAUGCGAUUUAAAUGAAUUUUAGCACUGAAAAUAUAUGAUUUUAAAUAAAUCGAGAUAAAAAAAAUCAUUUGAAGAAGAAGCUGCGUGAACUGAAUGGAAAUAACGGUUUUCUUCUUUUAGGAGACGAGUUUUAUGUAUGAAUUAAAAUAAACUAUUUAAGUGUUCUUAGGUAAAUUUCUUAAUUAUUAUUCUUUUUAUUUUAUUGUUCUUUUUUUCUUCUUAAGUUAAUAUCAACGGUUUUGUAUAAUCUAUCCUUAUUUUUUUCGGUUGAUUGUAUUAUUGUUAAAUUGUGCUAAUCUUGUUUCUCUUUUACUCCAUCGUAUGUUUUCAUUGUAUUAUAAAACUUUGACACAAUAAAUUUUUUAAAAACA